CGACUAAUUGCGCAAAAACGCUGAUUAAGCACGAGUGCGACUUGGAGGCGAUAAACACUCGUCCCGCAUAUCGCACAACGCGUGCGCGCAUCGCUGCGGCGGCUGAAGGACCUGUACCAUGGCAGCACUCACCACACGCGCCGAGCAGGCGCUGCGGCACGACGCCGCGGCGACCGAGACCGCCAAGCUCCUCCGCGCGCGUCCGACGGUCGUGGCCCGCUCUGCCGGGCCGAGAUCCGGUCUCGCCGCACUCGCCUCAGCCACCGCGUCCGCCACCGAGGACCUCGUCGUAAUCGUCACGGCGACACCGCGGCGCACGGCGCGCGAGGUCGAGGCGCGGCUCCGGACGCAGCGGGACGUACUGAUAGCGACGGACGCGACGCCCGAAUUGGUGGACAGCGCCUUCUGGGGCCGGCUCUUCGCGCCGACCGAGGACGCCGCGGUCCAUCAGGCGCGGGAGCUCGCGGGCGGCGUCCGCGUCCGCGCGGCCAACGACCGGCGCGUCGUUGUGUGUGCGCCGUCUUGGUUACGGAGGGAGUUGCUGUCAGGCCGGCCUCUCUAUUUCGACCAAGAAAAGGCGUCGGCGGCGGCCUACUGCUUCGAUGUUGAUGUUGUGGCGGACCCGGUAGCCGCGGAUUGCUGUACGGUGCUGCGGGCGGCGCAGUCGUCGAUCCGACUGGUCCUAUUUAAUGAAGGAGAGGGACCCCAUGCAUCGGCGUGCGCCGCGUGGCUGGGGACGUCCCUCGCGUCGGUCGGCGCGUCGCACCAACGGCGCCUGUGGUGCUGGCCGCCGGGCCAGGACGCGCCGUUGCGGUUGCGCAUCGGCGCCGAGGACGACGCCUGGCCCCGCGCGUUGGCGCUCGCGCGGCGCGGCAUCGACGUCGGCGGGAGCGUCCGAGAAGCGACGGUGAAGGCCGUGGCGCACCUGCUGGUGAAUCAUGCGACGGUCAAGGUCGUCGCCACUCGUCUGGACGUCGCGGACGCCCUCUCUUGUGAUUCAGAUGAGGAGGCGAUCCGGCGAUUUGUAAGGAGGUGUGACCCGUCCUCAAAAAAGGACAAGGCCUCGGCGGCGACGUGGCUGCGGCGCGCGCAGUUUGGUGUGGGCGUCGUGCGCGACGCGUGGUCGCGCGACGCGUCCGUUUUAGCGUUAGGGGCGGGUCUCGUCAAAGUUGUGGUUUGUAACGUGACAGAUCGGGUCUCAUCAGCGGCGUGCGUCGUCGCCGAACCUAUCAAAAUUGACCGCGCCGCCUACGCGGCGUUGGCGGAAGGUACCGAAUGCGACAUCGUCCAGGUCUUGGACGGUGUCGAUGAUGAAGCCUGGCGCGCGGCGUGCGUCGACGGGAACGCAAUCGCGUCGUCUCAGAAAGUCUUCCCGCGGCCGCGCCUGUCCGCCGCGUUAUUGCUGCGGGCGGCGUCGACGCUCGACGCGGAGCGGCAGCUUUCCUUGGUGACGACGGGUCUAGCAUCAUGCUUGAGCAAGUUCGCUUCAUCAAUUGAAGACGGCUUGGACGACGAGCGCGACGAGCGGCAGGCCUGCGACGAGCGGGCCAUGCUCAUUUUGAGGAGGCCCGCGCACGCGAUGCCAUGGCUGAAAAAAGGAAGGGUCGGCCGCUGCGAUGCUUCGAGGUGGUGCUGCGUCGUCGGGUUGGUCGCGGCGCGCCACGGGAGUACGAACGACGCGAAGCGACCGGUGGAGGUCGUUCUGGAGGAGGCGCCGCGCUGGAACGUGAGGCGCGUGCCGGCGUCUUCCAUACGACUCACGGGCGUCGUCGUGACGCUGGCCGAGGACCUGAGUCGCCCGGGCAAUGUUGACGCGUGCCGCCGCGCGACGCUCGAGGCGCUGGAGGCGCUGCAGCGCAAAGACAGCAAGAAGAAGAAGAAGCGGCGCGUCGCCCUUUUCUUGGAUGAGCUGGACGUGAUAGAGGUCAAGGACGAGGCCGACGCGGCGUCCUACCGCUCGCUGACGGCGCGCGCGGCGGUGCUGAAACGUCGGGAUGGCGACGAGCUCUCCGAGGGCGCGCGGUCGGAGUUAUUGAAGCGCGUCUACGCGCGCGAGUUUCGACGGGCCUGUCGUCUUCAGAAGAAGAGCGACAAGGCCGCGAAGCGCUCUGUUAAAGCAUUGCGCAAGCUGGGCCUCGCCCAGAAAAAUGGCGAGGCGACUCCUGCGGCUUCGGUCGCGCUCGCCUGCGUCGCGCGCUUCGGCGGCGACGACCGGGCGGCGCUCGUCGCGGCGCUCGCGUGCUUUCCCGUCGACGGCACGGCGUCGCCGCUGCGCGCGCUUGCGCCGCGAUUGUUAUCCGAGGCGCUCGCGGCGCUCGCGUGUCCGUUAACGGACGCGUCGGAGGCCUUCGUCGCGGGCGUCGAGGCCUACGACCCGACGGCGCACGCCGACGACCGGCGCGCCUUCGCGGCGGCGCGGGCGGCCGUCGAGGCGGCCGCGCGAAGUGUGGGCCGCGCCUGCGGCGACGACGCCCUCGUCGCCGAGGAGCUCGCCGUGCUCUCGGCGCGGCCGCGCGCGGGCCUGCCGUCUCCCGUUGAUCUGUUGCAUGCGCUCGCGGCGGGGGCGGACGCCGCUUCCGACGCGGUGUUCGCGGGGCGGUUGCGGGAGGCGGCUGUUGUUGUUGGCGGUUUUGGAGGUGUGUAUUAA